AUGGCGCCCAGCUCGAAAUCGGAGCGUAACAGCGGGGCCGGGAGCGGCGGCAGUGGCGGCGGCGGCCCGGGGGGAGCAGGGGGGAAGCGGGCGGCGGGGCGGCGGCGGGAACACGUCCUCAAACAGCUGGAGCGAGUGAAGAUCAGCGGGCAGCUUUCCCCUCGCCUUUUCCGGAAGCUGCCACCCCGAGUCUGCGUGUCCCUCAAGAGCAUCGUGGAUGAGAACUUUCUCUAUGCAGGACACAUCUUCCUGGGCUUUUCCAAGUGUGGCCGCUACGUGCUGUCCUACACCAGCAGCAGCAGUGACGAUGACUUCUCCUUCUACAUCUACCACUUGUACUGGUGGGAGUUCAACGUCCAUAGCAAGCUCAAGCUGGUCCGGCAGGUGCGGCUCUUCCAGGAUGAGGAGAUCUACAGUGACCUGUACCUGACAGUGUGCGAGUGGCCCAGCGAUGCCUCCAAGGUCAUCGUGUUUGGCUUCAACACUCGCUCCGCCAACGGGAUGCUCCUGAACAUGAUGAUGAUGAGUGACGAGAACCACCGCGACAUCUACGUCAGCACGGUGGCCGUGCCGCCCGCGGGCCGCUGUGCCGCCUGCCAAGACGCUGGCCGCGCGCACCCGGGCGACCCGAGCGCGCAUUGCUUGCAACACGGCUUCAUGCUGCACACCAAGUACCAGGUGGUCUACCCCUUCCCCACCUUCCAGCCUGCCUUUCAGCUCAAGAAGGACCACGUGGUCCUGCUGAACACCAGCUAUUCCCUGGUGGCCUGCGCCGUCUCCGUGCACUCUGCAGGAGAGAGCAGCUUCUGCCAAAUUCUGUAUGACCACAGAGCCUCGCCCCCAGCCUCGCCCGGCCCCCCGGCCCCCCCCAGCCCCGCGUCCCCCCCAGCCCUCCCCGCCCUCAGCCCCGAGGCCGUCCCAGCCCCACCCGGGGUCCCCGAGCCCUCACCUGCCAUCGCCAAAGCCAAGGAGUUCGUGGCUGACAUCUUCCGCCGGGCCAAAGAGGCCAAGGGGGCAGCCCCCGAGCCCACCCGGCCGCCCUCCAGCCCUGGCCCCUCGGGCAGCCGCAGCCCCGCCCCGUCCGAGCCCCCGGCCCCGGGCGGGGAGGGGGGAGCCCGGGACAGCGACCCGUGCUGGGUGCCCGCACCCGCGCCUGAGCCGGGCUAUGUCAACUACACCAAGCUGCACUACGGGCUGGAGUCCGGGGAGGGCGGGGAGUCCGGCCACGAGUUCCAGGACGACAAGAUCUCCCUGCCCUUCGUGGUGACAGACCUCCGCGGCCGGCACCUGCGGCCCAUGCGGGAACAGACAGCCGCCCAGGGCCAGUGCCUGACAGUGGAGCAGCUCACGCUGGACUUUGAGUAUGUCAUCAACGAGGUCAUCCGCCACGACGCCACCUGGGGCCACCAGUUCUGCUCCUUCAGCGACUACGACAUUGUCAUCCUGGAGGUCUGCCCUGAGACCAACCAGGUCCUCAUCAACAUCGGCCUGCUGCUCCUGGCCUUCCCUGCACCCAUCAAGGAGGGACAGCUGCGACCAAAGACCUACCACACCAGCCUCAAGGUGGCCUGGGACCUCAACACCGGCAUCUUCGAGACCGUCAGCGUGGGUGACCUCACAGAGGUCAAAGGGCAAACCAGUGGCAGCGUGUGGAGCUCGUACCGCAAGAGCUGCGUGGACAUGGUCAUGAAGUGGCUGGUGCCCGAGGGCAGCGGCCGCUACGUCAACAGGAUGACCAACGAGGCGCUGCACAAAGGGUGCUCGCUGAAGGUGCUGGCAGACAGCGAGCGGUACACGUGGAUCGUGCUGUGAGGGUCCCCGGGCCCCGACUCCAACUACCUCCGAGCUGAGCCCUCGCCCGCCCGGGCUGCGGGAAGGGGGCAGGCGGGCCAGCCUGGCAGCCCACGUCUGGAUGCAUUUUUAUUUAUGCCUAUUUAAGUUGCGGGGGGCAGGGAGCACCCGCCUCCGCCCCGCCCCCCGUGCUGGGCACCGUGGGCCCUGCG